AUGGCUGCCUUCCUAUUGUCCUCGUUCCUUCCCCUCGCAGCAUCGGCAUUGCCUGUAGAGAACUUUGAAUUGCCUCCUGGGACCACAGAUCACGGCGUACCCGGCCUGCUGUGUAGGCCUGCUACAUGGUUUACCAUCGUUACUUUCUUCCUCUCAAACUAUGUCAGCCAAGCCGCUACAGUUCAAACUUACCCUGGCGAACCCGUCUUCGACCAAGCCCUCGGCUUCUGGACGUCGCUGCUCUUCCCAGCGUCUGGUGUAGCCCGAGGCCUCAAUAGUGUUGCGCGCGGGAUCCUUGUCUUAGCGAAUCACGGAGGAUCGGACCUCCAGAAAGCUGCAGCUGCGGGGGCGCUUUGUAUGGUCGUGCGCACUGACAAGUGGACACCGGUUCCCGGCCAUACUAUGCAUGCUGUCAAAAUAUCCGGUGAUAGUGAUCUCUUCUCCAAGGCAACAUGGAACGUGUAUGUCCCAGACUGGGUACGCUCAUCGCACUCGAUGCUUGCUGAUACCGCUUCCGCAGCAUGGCGCAAGCUCCAUCUGCACGGUGCGUCGCAACGGUUACCAGAAGGCUACGCAUUCGCCUUUGUCCCACCUACUGCCGUGGUCUCCACACCCGGGAACAACCAGAACGUGCAGCUCGCCUACUCUCUCAACAAUGCUAAGAUCAUCCUCUCUAUAUUCCAGACUGUGUCCUCUUCGUAUGCGCUCUACAGUGCGCGUGGCGAUCAGAUUGAACGAUAUGGCUACGUUGCUUUCUCCCUGACCGUCGCACCGUACAUAGUGAUGUCCGUGGUGAACCUCCUCGGGAGCUUGUUGACACCAACCUACACGACGGUGUACAUCGUACGCUCAGAGGUGACAGACGAGCUGGAAUCGCGCUACGGGCGAUGGUUCGAUGGAACUGUGGGUACACUCGCGACUGUAACCGACCACCGAAAGCUCACGUUCUCAUCCGACGGAGACAAACACCUCGUGGAAAUCAACGGGGGAACAGGCCCGAUUGUACUCGCUCCGGAGUGUUGCUCUCCAGGUACAACCACGCAUAUCUCCAUUCCUGCGUGCGCCGAGUUUCCCCGCCUGCCUUGCCGCUUCCCGUUCCUCGAGAAGAUUCCGAGUCCGCUCCAGGGUGGGCUGGCGGAGAAUACGCUGAUCAACUUGGUUGCGACGUUUGUGGUGUCUGUGGGUGCGCCGUUGGCGAUUAUCGGGGGGCUGUCGGGGUUCCGGCCGGGGGGAAGCACGUUGGCGCAGAGGGUGUGGAUUACGAUGUGGUUGGUGUUUGGAUGGGUGUAUGGGCUUGGGUUUGGGUUUAGGAUGUAUGAUGUGCCGGCGACGUGGAGGACGAGAUGGGGCGAGGUGCUGAUGAGGGCUUUGGUGGCUGCUCCGGCUAUUGGAGGGUUUGUGGUUGUGGGACAGAUGAUCAUGGAUUAUGGGAAUUGCAUAAAUUUUUGA